AUGAGCUAUACGGAAAAAUUUCCUGGCUACACGGGCAAGUAUCGUAAUAAAGCUCUUAUGGACUAUUUGAACGAGCGCGACCCAAGUCUUUGGUCAUACGUAGAUUUUUUAACUACAAAUCGUACCGUUAUUGUAAAUUCACUACCGCAUUUGGUUGAUCAUAAAGGCCUUGAUGGCGCGUGGACCAAACGAUUCAUACUAUCUAUAAAAGGUUUGAGUUCAGACUUAGUUGGUGACAUGGAAAGGAAGAAAUUUUCUGAUCCGAGUGAUGGUGUGAGGCAACUCCUUGACAGGUAUUACCUGCGCUUGGAGCAUCAGAAAUUUUCUGGUCCCACCAUUGCGAACCGUCCUAUGAACCUGGAGCGUACCAAGAGUGACUUGGAUUCUUUUUGGCAAGAGGUGAUCAUUGAGCGAUUACAGCGCAAAGUCCAAAGCACCUACGAUAAGGAAACCCUUCUUACGUUUGAUGAGUCAGGUAAACAUUAUGGAGAGCAACUGCGCAUACCUUACAAAAAAGAAGAGGGCAAGGAGGAGGAAACAUCUUCGGGUUGUAAACGUUCCAAUAGCACUUUAGAUUCAGAUUCAACUUCCCCUGUGGAGACAAAGAAGAUCAGACCCGGUAAAGAUGUGAAUGUUGAGGAAGCUAACAAUGAUGAUGUUGUAAAAAUGACUUCGAUUGCGUAUCAGCAAUUUACGGAUAAAUAUCGAAAAAUUAAAGAAGAAGAUAAAUGGACUUUGUCAACUGAAAAAAUUGUUGAAGAUGCAUUAUAUGCAUUUGGAAUGAAGUGCUCACAUGAACAUCUCUGUCAUUCUUUUUUAAUCGACCCGGAUGACAAGAACUAUAUACAACAAGGCAUCUUCACGCCUGAGGAAUUAAAAGAAAUUCAAAAUUUUAGUAAGAAAAAAUUGCCAUCAAUGCCGGAUGAUCUUUUGAAGUAUCUUAAUAGUUUCCGAAAG